UGCUCAGGAAAGCCCGGCGGGAGGAGCAGCUGGUCAGCAAGAGGCUCCUGCGGGAGGACAGCGCAGCAGAGGAUGGACAGGAUGGAGAAGACAUCGUGCCAGACCCACUCUCGGAGGAUGAGGUCCUCGAGCUGCUCCGAGGUGUGCAGAGGGGCUCAGAGGAGAGGAGGAGGUGGCUCGGCCGCCUGCGCUGGGCUCUACGGAACAAGGACACUCAGCAGAAGUUUGUCAGGCUGGACGGCAGCAUCCGGACGCUCACUGGGCUCUUCACCAGCAGCCUGGCUGACAUGCAGCUGGAGGCAGCUCGCUGUCUGCAUGAGUUGUCCCACUCCAGUGACCCCACUGUGGCCGAGGCUUGUCUCCCAGUGACCUCCUACCUCCUCACCUACCUGUCGGGACACAGCGUGGAGUUCACAGAGCUGUGUUUGUACACCCUGGGGAACCUAGUGGUGGAAAGUGAAGCUGUGAGAAAGCAACUUCUGCCUCAGGGCAUCAUUCCAGUGCUGGCAUCCUGCAUCCAGUCCCCACACGAGGCAGUGCUGGAGGGUCUGGGCUACGUCCUCUCACAGCUCCUCCAAGCCAAGGAAGCUCCCACAGAGAUCAUCCCCUUGGUCCUGGACUCUGCUCUCCCCCAGCACAUGCUUCGACUGGUUUGCUCUAGCCUCAGGGAUGGGAUGGGAGCAGCUGUGGAGUUUGCAUGGUGUUUCCACUACAUCAUUUGUAGGCACACAGUCAACACGGCACUGCUGGCACUGGGGGCUGUGCCUGCUCUCACCUCGCUCCUGCUCAACUUGGCUUCCCAAACCUCCCAGGAUGCUCCUGAGGGCCUGGAGCUGCUCGUGUGCCCUGUGUUGCGGUGCCUCAGCAACCUGCUGGCGGAGGAGACAGGCUGCCAGGGGCAGGGCCAGGACGAGCGCCUGCUCAUCGCCCUCUUCCUCAUCCUGCAGUACUCCCUGCAGCAGCACUCCUUCCUCAUCCAGGAGUGCCUGUGGCUGCUGAACAACCUCACAGCGGAUGAUUCCUUCUACUGCUCCACUCUGCUCUCCCUGGACCUGGUCCCAGCCCUGCUGCAGCUCCUGCCCUGUUCUCAGAUGGCCAGGGUGUUGGGCCUGACAGUGCUGUGCAAUGUGGCAGAGAAGGGCCCAGCCCACUGCCAGCAGCUGCUGGGUGGGCACCAAGCCCUGGAGCAGCACCAGAGCACCCCAGACCUGCAGGAGAGGGCACAGGCACUGCUGGACAUGCUCAGACAGCCCCCAGGAGCCUUCAGCCCCUGCCACACCACACUGUCUGCCUUCUCCUAG